AUGGAGCCGGUGGAGCCGGGUCAAUUCACGGGUGGUGAAGCGGGCUGCACGAGUUCAAAUCUAUGGCUUGCUCAAGACCCCAGCAAAAGAUGGGGUGAAAUAUUUUUCCUUCUCUACACUCCCUUUUGGCUCACUCUUUGUCUCGGAAUUGUUGUUCCUUACAGACUUUAUGAGGCGGAUAGCAGCAAAUGUUGGAAGGAUCGUUAUUGGGUAAAAGCUAAUCUGUGGAUCAUGCUUUUCAGUUACGUGGGGAAUUACUUCUGGACCCAUUAUAUUUUCUCUGUCUUGGGCGCCUCGUACACUUUCCCAUCAUGGAAAAUGAAUAACGUACCACACACGACUUUCCUUCUCACCCACAUGUACUUCUUGUUUUACCAUGUCACAUCAAAUAUGACUUUUCGAAGGAUCCAGCAUUAUGUGGCCCACUGGCCGGAGAACCUGCAUUUCCUUAUUAUGAAUUUGUGGACCGAGCCUCCCUCCAUGUACAAAUAUGGCACCUUGUUCUAUGCCAUCUACUUUGUCGUUAGCUUCCCUAUGUUCUUUAGGUUCCAUAGAUUUUGGCUUGCUAAGACAAUUGGGCCUGAAGCUACAAAGCAGGAGUUUGACUCUAUAAAGAAUUUUUUGUUAACCAACCCUGAUGAUUCUCGUUUGUGGUACAUCUUCGUACGUAUUGUCCGGCAGUUCAGACUUCACGAUUUGGGUGGCGAAUUUAACUGUGUAGACGAAUUCCUAACUCAUCGUCCGAUGGGCCGUGCUGUAUGGGGCGUUGAUAUUGUCCAACAGUUUAGCCUUCGCGACCUGGGUGGCGAAUUUGAGUUUGUAGAUAAAUUCCUAACUAAGCAUCCGAUGGCCAGUGGUGCAUGGGCUUACAGUGAAUUGCUUGUUGAGAGUCAGCAUACGAAUAAGUUUGAAGCUCUCAAGUUCACGGAUGGCAUUUUACUUAGCAAUGUGAAUAAUCGGGAUGCAUGGAACCACAGAAUGUAUAUUUGUGGUAUGCUUGAUCUUAAUGAAAAGAACAAGGAAAUUGAGGACUUGAAUAAAUUUUAUGCUCAUUAUUACAGGACUUGUGAAUAUUUUUGGUCAUACAGACAGUUCAUUGCUGAGUCCUUCCCCGAGGAGCUCAGAAGCUAUCUUGCUAAUUCGGAGCUUCAAUUUUCUCGUGAAGUUUUGCUGCGCGACAUCAACAACUGCUACGCCUGGUUCCAUAGGCGAUGGGUUUUUAAAAUACUCGGGACUAUGGAUAAAGAAGAUGAACUGAAGUUGACAAGUCACAUUGUUGAGCAGGAUGUAAAUAACAGAUGCGCCUGGUUUCAUAGAAAGUGGCUGAUUAAGGAAUUUGGAGGAUCAGAUGAUGAGCUUGAAUUUUGUAACGUGAUCCUUCGAAAUGACGUUUGUUGUGCCUUGGCUUGGCAUCAGAGAGCUUUUCUUGUUUUGGAGUACGCUGAAAAUCUUUCUGACAAGUUGCGGGAGGCAGAGGUAAAAUAUGCGACAAGAGCCAUCUCUCGGGACCCGGAGAAUGAGUUCGCUUGGAAGUAUCUAGAGAUGUUGUGCAUACCAUGCAUCUGUUAUGACUCCAUGAACUUUUAUGCGGCGGUUAUCGACCAAGCCAAUGCAUCGGUGACAUGA